AAACGGAAGUGUUUACCGACAGCCUGGUAGCGUCGUUUUCCCGAGACUAUAGAUGAGUUACGGUAAAAUAUUAACUUUGAACAUUUUCCAUCCCCCGGACCCCGCGGAUCCCUCAUAAUGGAAUCCAGACAGAGGAAAGGCUACGGAGGGUGGCCAGUGCUGAGUCUAUGGUUUUCUCUGGCGUGCUUUACAGGCGCGACCGCGCAACUCAGCUACUCUAUUUUGGAGGAGCUAAGACCCGGGGCUGUGGUCGGGAAUAUCGCUAAGGAUUUGGGCCUCACGGCUCAGAGGAUAAUUCAGAGAAAAUUGCGGGUGAUCUCGGAAUCUAACGCUCAGUACUUCGAGGUAAACCAUGCGACUGGGGAUUUGGUUAUUAGACAGACAAUUGACAGGGAACACAUGUGCGAAUUAAGUUCAACGUGUUCACUACAUCUUGAGAUUGUACUUGAGAACCCUUUAGCAAUACACCGGGUUCUUGUGGAUAUUGUGGAUGCGAAUGACAAUGCGCCGCAGUUUUCCACUAAGAAUAUUUCCUUGGAGAUAUCAGAGGCGGCCGCACCGGGCACCCGGUUCCGACUGGAGAGUGCGCACGACCCAGAUGUGGGUAUCAACUCUCUGCGCACUUAUCACCUCGCACCCAACGACUGCUUUGUUUUGAAUGUGGAAACGAAAAGUGACGGGAGUAAGUUCCCGGAAUUAGUUUUAGAGAAGGCUUUGGAUAGGGAGACGCAGGCCUCGUUUCGCCUGUUGCUCACUGCGGUAGACGGGGGAAAGCCGGAGAAGUCUGGAUCCACUCUUUUACUCAUAAAAAUUCUGGAUGUCAAUGACAAUGCGCCCGUCUUUGAAGACCCGGUGAAAAAAGUUAGCAUUUUGGAGAAUGUUGAACCGGGCACUUUAGUAACGAAACUGAACGCGACCGAUGCGGAUUACGGUCAGAAUGGGCAGAUCUCCUUCCUGUUUAGUAAAUACACGCAGGACCGGGUGCUCAAGCUAUUCAGCGUGGAUUCUAAAACCGGGGAGAUCCGUGUAAAUGGCCAGGUGGACUAUGAGACAGCGAAUGAAUAUCACAUCACCGUGCAGGCCAGGGAUGGGGGAACCCCCGCCAUGGAGGGUUCCUGUAACAUUAUAGUUGACGUCACUGAUGUGAAUGACAAUUCUCCAGAGUUAACGUUGACGUCACUGACCAGUCCCAUCAGAGAGGACGCAGCUCCUGGUACAGUCAUCGCCCUCAUCAGUGCAAGGGACCUGGACUCUGGUGAGAAUGGGGAGGUGACAUUAAAGGUCCAGUCCGGCCUGCCCUUCAAACUCAACUCUGCCUUUGGUGAGCACUACAAUCUCGUCACGGAUGGCAACCUGGACCGAGAGACCAUGGCAGAGUACACUGUGGUCAUCAUGGCGACCGACGCGGGCUCCCCUCCCCUGUCGUCGCGGACGACCUUCGUGGUCAAGCUAUCAGAUGUGAACGACAACGCUCCUUCAUUCUCCCAGCCCUCCUAUUCAGUGGACGUCCCAGAGAACAACGAUCUCAGCACCCCCAUCACCAUGGUGACGGCCUCUGACCCGGACACAGGGGACAAUGCCCGUGUCUCCUUCUCCAUCCUGCCCAGCAUGGUUCAGGGCUCCCUCAUUUCCUCCUAUGUCUACAUCAACCCAGAGACUGGACAUAUCUACAGCAUGCGUUCCCUAGACCAUGAGACCCUCAAUGCCUUCCGUAUCGAGGUGCAAGCCCGAGACGCCGGGGCGCCACCCCGGACUGCCAACGUCACCGUGCAUGUGUUCGUAGUGGAUCUUAACGACAACGCGCCCCUCAUCAUAUAUCCGCCCUUCCCCCAGGACAUGGGGCUGCUGCUGAGUGUACCCCAGUCGGCUGGGCCGGGUCAUCUCAUUAAUAAACUAGUAGGGGUGGACCCUGAUAGUGGACAUAACGCUUGGCUGUUCUACUCCAUCGCCCCAGGGCCACACGCUGGUCUCUUCCGCAUCGGCCCCCACACUGGGGAGCUCCGCACCGCCCGCAAACUAGCCGAGGAGGAGGGCGGCUCCGCCUAUGACAUCAUCGUGGUCGUCCAGGACAACGGCGAGCCCACUCUCUCCACCACUGUGGCCAUCACAGUGACCGUGGAGGAGAAGGGCACCAGCGACGCUGCCACGGACAACCGGAAGACGUCUGUGAUGCGUCGCACCGGCAUGCCUGACAUCACCCUGUACCUCAUCAUCUCGCUGGCCUGUGUCUCGGCCGUGUUCUUCCUCACCUUCCUCAUCCUCAUGGUGCGAUGCCUCCGCCACCGCAGCGACCUCGGAGGGACAGGCUGCUGCUACAGCCACCACCGGCCCAGCAGGGCCCACCAUCAGAGACCCAGCAAGGACCUCCAUCUGCAGCUCAACACAGACGGACCCAUCCGUUACAUGGAGGUAGUGGGAGGAGCUCAGGACCCCCCAGGAACACGGACCUACAGACCCUGCUACUCCACCAUCUCCAGCCGAAGUGACUUUGUGUUUGUCAAGACGCCCAUGAUGAGUCACAACAACACCCUCAGCAUGACACUCAACAGGAAGCACCUAAUGAACUCAGCCAUUGAGCAAAAGCCUCCGAACGCUGACUGGCGCUUCACACAAGGACAGAGACCUGGACCCAGUGGGGCUGGAGGUCCCCCUGAGAUGGCCAUGGGAACAGGACCCUGGCCCAACCCCCCCACUGAGGCCGAGCAGCUCCAAGCCCUGAUGGCCGCAGCCAACGAAGUGAGUGAGGCGACCGCAACCCUGGGGCCGGGCACCAUGGGACUAAGCACCCGUUACAGCCCCCAGUUCACCCUGCAGCACGUGCCCGACUACCGCCAGAACGUCUACAUCCCUGGCAGCACCGCCACCUUGACCUCCAACCCCCAGCAGCAGCAGCAGCAGCAGCAGAUGGCAGCCCAACAUCAGGCCCUGCAGGCCCAGCCCUCUGAGGCCGCCCCUCAGCCUGAACCCCCCAAGGCUGCCCAGACUCCCGCCUCCAAGAAGAAGUCCACCAAGAAGGAGAAGAAGUAGGAUGGGUGGAGGAUGGAUAGAUAUGGAAUAUAUGAUGAGAAAAGAGAAAACCGACCCGAUGAGGACUGAAAUCCCCGCCCCCCCCACCCCCUACAUCUCCUCUCAAUGUGUUUACUCUAACCGGGGUUUGGAUUCUAUUGGUCACGCUCAUAUGAUAACACGAAAUAUGGAGAUGUUUGUGAAUGUUUGUCUUUGGGCUCUUGAAUCUGGAAUGCGUUGAAGGUUUAAGAGCGAACAGCGUUGACAUUUUGUUUUUGUUUUCUUUCUGGAAUCUAUCUAGAAACAGGUUUUUGUUUUCUUUCUGAAAGCUAUCUAGAAACAGGUUUUUGUUUUAUUUCUGAAAGCUAUCUCGAAACAGGUUUUUGUUUUCUUUCUGAAAGCUAUCUCGAAACAGGUUUUUGUUUUCUUUCUGGAAGCUAUCUCGAAACAGGUUUUUGUUUUCUUUCUGGAAGCUAUCUCGAAACAGGUUUUUGUUUUCUUUCUGAAAGCUAUCUCGAAACAGGUUUUUGUUUUCUUUCUGAAAGCUAUCUAGAAACAGGUUUUUGUUUUCUUUCUGGAAGCUAUCUCGAAACAGGUUUUUGUUUUCUUUCUGAAAGCUAUCUCGAAACAGGUUUUUGUUUUCUUUCUGGAAGCUAUCUCGAAACAGGUUUUUGUUUUCUUUCUGAAAGCUAUCUCGAAACAGGUUUUUGUUUUCUUUCUGGAAGCUAUCUCGAAACAGGUUUUUGUUUUCUUUCUGAAAGCUAUCUCGAAACAGGUUUUUGUUUUCUUUCUGAAAGCUAUCUCGAAACAGGUUUUUGUUUUCUUUCUGAAAGCUAUCUAGAAACAGUUGUUUUUUUUGGAAAGUCUAUGUUCUAAAAAAACAAAACAAGUAUUAUCAGUAUUUGCAGAUACGGAAGACUGGGGGUUCAGGGGGGAUUGUGUUUUUCAACAGAUUGAGCGUAAACAACUUUGCUCAGAUAACAAGGAUUUGCCCAGUGAUGUAUUUCACAGGUGGAUAUUUUAACGAUGUUCCAUACAAUGUUUCAUGUUGGAUUAUAAUUAUAAUUCCUUAUUUUCCUGAGACUGAAAGUAGAUCCUUGUUUGACUAUAGUAGAUUGCCAUGAUAAGAUUCCUAUAUAGGAUCGGCCUUAUAGGAUCCUACACCACAGCUCUUUGGGACACGGGAAUGGGCAUUCCAUUGUACUGGUACAGUAGUAUUCCGAUCUGCAUGUCCCCAUGUGUUCAAACCACAGACCUCCCAGAAGAUUCAACUAUGCAUUGAAUUAGUGUCGCAACGAGGACGACCACCUUAAAAAGAAUACAGGUCGACAAAUGCCCUCGUAGCGUUUACCUGAUGUGGUAUCUAAAAACUAGAAAUAUUAUUUUGUAAGCGUAGUUAAAUGGUAAGAUUUGAAUCUUUCACUGUUUCUAUGACCUGAGCAUGAACUCUAUUAGAAAAGUAGCACCGAGGAUGAGGGGCAUGUUAUUGUACUAUCAGCCCUAUUUUCUGGCUUGUUGGCAUAGUAGGCGCUGCCCCCCUUUUAAAACUACCCAGAUGGGUAUAGAGACCCUCCUGCUGUCCACCCAUGCACCUCUAUCCCCUCCUCAACCAGAUGAUGUGCCCUCCCCUCACUGGCUGUCCCACUUUGAGAGCCAGACCAUAGAGAUGCACUGUUCAUACUAUAAAGAUGAGACGUAGGGUCAAAAUAACUUCAAAGUAGAGAUCUUUCACGGCGUGCUUAGGAGUUAGACACUUCUUAGGCCGCUAGAGUCUAGAUUGAGUGUUCAUCCCUUGCUACCUACCCUGAAGUGCUGAUGACUAUAUUUCUUGACGUGGGAAGUGUUUUUUGAUGACUCAGCAGUAUAAGAUAAGUAUGAAGUCUUUUCUUUGCCGCCAGUCCAUCCAUCUGUCCGGCAACUAGCUGGACACCACUGCAUGAAGAGGCAGCUUGCAGGCUGGGUUCAAGGGGGAGUGGAGAGCGGUGGGCUGAGUGGUACGACGUCUGGGUUUGUACAAUUAGAUUGACGGGGAGGGGGGGCAAUGACCUUGGCUCUACUCACUGAAUGUACACAGGCCCCACUGUUGACCCUCCCUCCUAGUCCACCCCGAAACGUCCUCGAAUGCACUGACCCUAGUUAGUGGUCAACAGCGCCAAGCACAUCCCUCCAUGUCACAGAGGAGAUACCACUUCAGAAGCAGGGAGGAGGGACAGAGUUAGCUCUUCGCUGUAUCUAUCCCCUCAGUGUAAAUGCAUUCUGGCAACGCUAACCUCAGACUCUCCCCUUGCUUCCAUCCCUCCACCCCCUGGUCCUGUGAAGGCUCUCCCCUUGCUUCCAUCCCUCCACCCCCUGGUCCUGUGAAGGCUCUCCCCUUGCUUCCAUCCCUCCACCCCCUGGUCCUGUGGGGGGCUCUUCCCCUCUGUAAAUAAACACUAGUCCUGUCGAUGGUAUGAGCCAAUUGUUUGUAUAGUACGGACCACAUCCAGAAUUUUCAAACUAAAAGUCCUCUCUCCUCAAGGCGUGGCUUACUGGAAUGUGUUGUAUUUGUUUUUCAAGAAAAUUAAGAAAACCACAAUGGGAGAAAAAAAAAUGUUCUUCAACAGUUUGUGUUGCAAUGUAGUAACUAAGCACCAUGAAGGCCAACUAACUAACUCUUCAGUGUAAAUAUAAAGAAAGUUGCUAAUAACUUUAGACGAUAAGUAAACAGAGUGACACACACGUAGACUAGUUAACUUGUGAUAUGUGUUGCGCAUAUUAUUGUGUUCAUUUUCUCUCUCUCUAUUUUACUACCCUGUAAAAGAAACGAAACAAAAAAGAUUAUAUUGAAAAAAAAAUGUUUCUAUCCUUCUGUACCUUUUUUUCUCUGUGCUUUAUCUUGUGCAUUUGCGCAAGAAUGCCUCUCUGUCCAUAUGAGCAAAUUAUUAUAAAUAUUAUGUGUGUGUGUGUACGUCCGUCCGCUGCUGAAUUAAUCCUCUCUCGUGCUGUAAUAUCUUUCUUAUGAAAUGCUUAGACCUCCUACGCUCCUCCCGGUGUUUAGUCUCUUCAUUUUUAUGCUAAUAUUUAUAUUGCUGUUUUAUUUUCUCUUGAACACUGACAUUUCAAAUAAAAGGCUCUGAAAUCAUUAAA